AUGCCUGUCUCACCUAACCAGUAUAUGAUGGCAAACACUAGUUACACUAGAUCCGCUCCUGUAACACAAGGCGUCAGAUUACCAUCGAUUAGAAAUAUUCUAUCGGCAUUGCCAGACAACUUGCCGUUGCAACAGAAACAACAACCUCAAUAUACCCCCGCUUAUACUAAUGCAGGCGCUAUGACUCCGGUCAGUCAUCCAAAUUCAAGACAAAAUAGUUUCUCAAGCUUUAAUGCCUAUACGAAUACAGACAUGAACGCUACUGCAUCGAUGGAUAAACAAUACGACCUGAACGCAAACCUUCUGGGAAGAAACAGUAUACCGCUAUUAAGUUCAAAUUAUCAAAUAAUUAACCAACAUUCACACAUGCAACUGUACCAACAGCUUCCACAAGCACACAUUCAAGUGCAGCAGCAACCAAAAUCCAUUCAGGCCCCAAUGAGUCCAAAGGAAGUUUCUUAUCCUUCUCCAGCUUCGGAAUUCAGCACGUUCAAAGUAAAGUCCAACAGCACUUCAAAUAAUAAUAUUCACUCAAAAACUAAAAAGAAAAUAUGCACUUGCAAGCAUCACACAGAUAAUGGAACUAGAAUACCAAGACCAAGAAAUGCAUUUAUUUUAUUCAGACAAAAUUUACAUCAUUCGCUCUUCGGGAAGGAUAAAGAACAACUGCUGGAACAAGGUUCUUUUAAGACAAAUUUCCAAGUCUCAAAGGAAAUAGGUCAACGUUGGAGAGAGUUGUCAGCCGAUGAAAAAAAUAUUGGCAUGAUCUAG